CCGGCCACUGGCUGCCAGAAACUCACUGAAGUGGAUGAUGAACGAAAACUUCCUACCUUUUAUGAGAAGCAUAUGGCCACGGAAGUUGCUGCUGACGCUCUGGGUGAAGAAUGGAAGGGUUAUGUGGUCCGUAUCAGUGGUGGGAACGACAAACCAGGUUCCCCAAUGAAGCAGGGUGUCUUGACCAAUGGCCGAGCCUGCCUGCUACUGAAUAAGGGGCAUUCCUGUUACAGACCGAGGAGGACUGGAGAAAGAAAGCACAAAUCUGUACGGGGUUGCAUUGUGGAUGCCAAUCUGAGCGUUCUCAAUUUGGUUAUCGUAGAAAAAGGGGAGAAGGAUAUUCUUGGACUCACUGACACUACUGUGCCUCGUCGCCUGGGGCCCAAAAGAACUUGCAGAAUCUGCAAACUUUUCAGUCUCUCUAAAGAACAUGACGUCCACCCGUAUGUUUUGAGAAAGCCCCUAAACAAAGAAGGUAAGAAACCUAGGACCAAAGCACCUAAAAUUCAGCGUCUUGUUACUCCAUGUGUUCUGCAAAAUAAACAUAGGUGUAUUGCUCUGAAGAAACAGUGUACUAAGAAGAAUAAGGAAGAGGCUACAGAAUAUGCUAAACUUUUGGCCUAA